AUGACCAAAGAGACAACCCCCCCAGUCUCUGAAUCCGUCUCCAAAGCCCGUCAACCUCCCUCCCUCCCAACCUCUCCUCUCGCAAAACGCACCAAGACAGAGACCGCAGACAUGACUGCCCCCGCCAUCUAUACCCCCGAGGUUGCCGUCGUCGAGGAACUCGAGGAGAGCGUCCGUGGUGCCGGUGGUUUCGGCAGUACUGGCGUUUAA